AUGAGCCACAGAAGCAGUCGACGACGAUGGAAUUGCGCCUACCUGGCCUUGACCGUGAUCACAUUGGUGGCUUUGGUGGCCGUCAUACCUCUGCCAAAAGAUUAUCGCGCUCCAAGGGACGCCUUUAUCCACGACGUGACGGAGCACAUAGCAAUCCGGCCGACAGCGAAUCUCGAUGCAUCGCAAAUCGCCAAACCAGCAUCCAAACAUGCCUACGCGACUUUUCUGGCAAGCAGUGCCGGUGAGCGGGACGAUGAGAACAUCAGCGAGGACAAAUAUUUCGUAGCGACACGGAUACUUGCCUAUCAAACGCUAUUCAAUAGCAUAAUACAUGCACCUGAGACGAGGACGCGCAACGAGAUUCCAUUUAUUGUCCUAGUAAAUGAAGGCGUUUCUGAGGCGAAAAGAGAGCGAUUGCGUCGGGAUGGCGCCAUCAUUUGGGAAGCCGACCCCGUUGAUCCAAAGUGGAUUAAGACGGAGGUCUCUACCUGGCAGGCUGUGCUCACGAAGCUCCGACUGUGGGAGCUCACGCAGUUUGAGCGAAUUUGUUUUCUUGAUGGCGAUACCGUCCUCACAAGGAACAUCGACGACGUCUUUGAGGAUCCUGCGGUGAGCACCAUGCAAACGGGCACCAAAGGGAGUGCUAUACGCGAAGAUGAAGCGCAGCAGCCUCGCCAAUAUGUCUUCGCAGGGGUGCCCGAGAUGAUGACGGUACAUCACUAUCCUCCAUCCCAGGAUGCACACGACUACCCCAAUUUCAACUACCUCAACGCAGGCUUCUUUGUGUUCGAGCCAAGUAUGGAGCUCCUGGCAUACUACAUUUCGCUCACGGAUACGCCCGGCCGAUUCGAGCCUGAGCUGCCGGAACAAAAUCUGCUCAACUACGCACACAGGCGCAAUGGCAACAUGCCGUGGAUACAGCUGGACACAAAAUGGAACAUGCACUAUCCGACUGUGCAAGACUUGGAAGGCGGAGUGGCCACUUUGCAUGAAAAGUGGUGGGAGCCAAUGUAUGCGGAUUUGAGACCGUAUCUUGAAAGUUGGCGGUGGCGUAUGGAAGGCUUCUACGAGGGACGGGAUCUAACCAUGACGAAGAGGGACUAA